AUGAGAGUCAAAAGGAGCGUGCACGUGAGGCUCAUUGCCUUAUGUACGACAUGCAUGCUGCUUCAAGCGAUGGCGUGCCCCUCGCAAUGUAUAUGCAAAUGGAAAAACGGAAAACGGUACGUAGAGUGUUCGGAGAAAGACCUCAAAGCGAUACCCGACUCGCUUGACUCUGAAACACAAGUCCUAGACUUCACCGGCAACGAUCUUCAAGUGCUGCAAAAGGAAACCUUUCACAAACUCAAACUGAUCGAUUUGCAGAAGAUUUACUUGCAACGAUGUCGACUGCAGAAAAUAGACAGCCAAGCGUUCAAAGGUCUCGCUAACUUGGUGGAAUUGGACCUUUCCAACAAUUAUUUGAACCUCGUACCCUCGAGUAACUUCGUGUUUAUCCCGUCGCUAAUGAGACUGUCGAUCAAUAACAAUCCAAUCGCGAGUAUCAAAACACAUUGUUUCCAACAUCUCUCUUAUUUGAACACGUUGGAGCUGAGCGAUUGUAAAAUAGAGACGAUCGAGAGAGACGCAUUCGCCGGUCUGAAUCACCUUGAAUGGCUGCGAUUGAGCGGGAAUAAACUAUCGAAUAUUCAGGGAGAAAAUUUGUUUCCCGAUACGCUGCGGGGGAUCAACCUGCAAAAUAAUAAUUGGAACUGCGAUUGCCACUUGAGGGAUUUGCAUAGUUGGCUGUUGAAUUUCAAUAUGCCGCACGCCGUUGAGCCCGCUUGCUCGCUUCCAGAACGCUUGAAGAAACGGACCAUCACCAGCAUUUCGGAGAACGAGCUGGCCUGCCUACCGAAAAUGAGCCCUACGUCUGUGUACGUAGAGACGAACGCCGGCAACAAUGUGACGCUCGAAUGCUUAGUGAAAGCAAUCCCCGAAGCGAAAAUAACGUGGUUAUACCAGGGACAGAUCAUUCAUAAUUAUUCGACCAUGUCGCCGGAUCCCCGAAUAUAUUACGUCGAGAACGGCGUCACCGACAAAAAGAGUGAAUUGUACAUUAUGGGCAUAAGUAACGAGGAUAACGGUACGUACACAUGUGCCGCUGAGAACUCCGCCGGUCGGGCACGUGCCAAUUACACGCUCAGGAUCCUAGUGAAAGAGGAACCGGUCGUUAUCGUUGUGACCUUCCCACACAGACAUCUGGUAGUCAUAGUGACCGUUGUAUUCCUAAUUAUAGUGUUGCUAAUAGCCAUAAUCGCCGUAGUCAUGUUGAAAUUCAAAACCGAUACGAGGAGUCGUAAGAAAAAGGAAAGCGGCAAGGACGUCGCUUUGUGCAAUCAGAUACUGCCAUCGAGUCGCAGCAAUGGAAACAUACCUAAAAAUAACGGAAGUUUAAUAGUGAACGCGCACUCUCAUCACGCACUGCACUACACGGUACAAACGAACCGUGAUUACGAGCCAAGCGAUGUGUAUCAAAGCAAUAACAUGAAAGGCUUCGUCGACAGAAAUCCCGACCUAAUUAGCGACGCGGAAACAGUAGCAAACAAUGCGCAAAACGAGAACACAGCGUUAUCAGUGUACAAAGCGCAGAGCGUGGGGGGCGACGGGUUUGAAGAGGAGACCGCAUUCACGGCAGCCUCUGUGCCGCGGCAGGUCACGUGGCAAGACCAACAGCCCGUAAACAACAUGAACUUGCCGCAAAACACAUUAAACAAUAUGUACCAGCACUCAGCUGACGUGCACCUCAAUCCGGGCUGCUUCCUCGACAGCGAAGGCUAUCCAUACGAUUACGGUCUACCGAAGCAUCCGUGCCGACCUCCGAUUAUGUCAAAUUAUUCGGUUGUUGGCCCGUUUUACCAGACCUUACCCCACAACAGGCCUAAGAACCAGAAAUUAGUUUGCAAAUUCGCGAAAGACACAGAGUUCAAUACGGCACAGCCGACGUGCCCUAAUUUCGAAAUGUACAAUAUGACGACGAACGUGCGCCGUACCUUAGAGGGCUACCCCGUUCCGAGAAACAGGCAAAUAGCUUUUGUAGGGAACGGCACUGUGUAUUACAAUGACGAAUUCGUUCCUUCGCCACCGGAAGGCUACAAAACCGACCCGAUGCAGUACUGCGCAACCGAACCCUGUCCGUCGUGGAACCCUAAAGGAACUUGUGCGGUCAUGGUGCCCAUGAGUGUAACGGAGGGACCCGGACGAUGUUACCAAGUUGAGACUAGAUGCGUGGACACUCAGACCAGUGCGUCGGACGCUCGCAUGCCCGCGGAAGGCAUCGAAAGCGUCCUGAAACCUUUACCGCAGGUAUCAAAUGUGAAAUGUGCCGGGGAUAUUUGUUCGGAGAGCCCUGACGAGGGCUACGUGGGGGACGCUAACGAUAUCUGACGUCGUCGCAACGAAAACACGUAGGCGGUGUUAAG